AUGGCGGAGAAUCACUGCGAUCUGCUGCCGCCGGCCCCGGGCGGCCUCGGGGUGGGGCUGGGGGGCGGCCUUUGCCGUCGCUGCAGCGCAGGGCUCGGGGCCCUAACUCAGCGCCCCGGCGGCGUGUCCAAGUGGGUCCGGCUUAACGUUGGCGGGACCUACUUCCUCACCACCCGGCAGACGCUGUGCCGUGACCCGAAGUCCUUCCUGUACCGUUUGUGCCAGGCCGACCCCGACCUGGACUCCGACAAGGAUGAAACAGGUGCCUAUUUAAUCGACAGAGACCCCACCUACUUUGGACCUGUGCUGAACUACUUGAGACAUGGAAAGCUGGUUAUUAACAAAGACCUUGCUGAGGAAGGAGUGUUGGAGGAAGCAGAAUUUUAUAAUAUCACCUCACUAAUAAAACUUGUAAAGGACAAAAUUAGAGAACGAGACAGCAAAACGUCACAGAUGCCCGUGAAGCACGUGUACCGUGUGCUGCAGUGCCAGGAGGAGGAGCUCACGCAGAUGGUGUCCACCAUGUCCGACGGCUGGAAGUUUGAGCAGCUGGUCAGCAUCGGCUCCUCGUACAACUACGGGAAUGAAGACCAGGCCGAGUUCCUGUGUGUGGUUUCCAAGGAGCUGCAUAAUACUUCAUAUGGCACAACCAGUGAGCCCAGCGAAAAAGCCAAGAUUUUGCAAGAACGAGGCUCAAGGAUGUGAGGCACAGUACUGACAGCUGAAGAAAUGAUUUCCUUUUUCCCAAGACACAGCGAACCGCCAUGUCCAGGAAGCGUGGCUGUGAGAAGAAACCUGCUUUUGAUCAUUCUCUAGAGAGCUUGGUGUGGACCCUUUCUGCCUCGGCGGUGGGUGGUGAGAGACGGCCCAGCUGUCAGGCCCCUUGGGGGGCAGCCAGGGCCAGGUGGGCAGUCUCUGUGGCCUCACUCUGUUCUUUCCGAGUGCCGCGUGGGACUGCGGCAGGAUGUUGCCGACCAGCCCUUGUAGUCCUGAAGACAGUUUGAAGGACAGGGUCCUUGGUGCUACAUAGUCUGCUACAAGCAGCCUGGGCCUUGCCAGGAGGAAAGGGCAGCUGUGUCCAGUGUACUGUGGCUUGGGGCCUGGGUGCCCACUGGUCACUACUUGAGCACCAGACCCUUGUCCUCGGGUCAGCGAGCUGCUCUGCCUCCCAGUGUGCUUGGUUGAUUUCUCUGGACCUCGGCCUAGGCCCCCCACAAAGGCAGCCUCCACAUCGUCACUACUUCCAGGCACCGGCUCCAGGCCAGGCCAGACCCUUUUGGGCCUGGUUCCUAUUCUAGCCUUGUCAGCUUGGCCAUGGACAUCAAGGCUUCUCAGUUUGUAUUUUCCAGGUGAGAGGACUUUGUAUCCCUUUUUUAAAGUGUGGAUAGACUACCCAAUCAAUGUUUAUACUCUUUAGAAAUGCCUAAAAGUGUUGCUAUGUUUUGGAUUGCUCUGUUCAAUAAUUGUAACGGGAGGUAGAGGUUUUGCCUCAUCCAUCCCACCUGCGGGCUCGUGGGGGAGCUGGCACCUACCAGUGCCUUUGUCGCGCCUGGAAUGGAAGCUGAGACUGGAGGCCUGUCCACCUGGCUUCUGGAGCUGACUCUGGGUCCUGUUGAACAUUCAGGAUGUUUACAGCGCAUCACACGUCUCCUUCUCGCCGGCUCUCAUUUCCUUGUAUAACUAUGCAGUUCUUUCUCAUUUCUGGAGUGUUUGAGAUUUUGCACGGGCUCUGCCCACCUGACAUGGCAUCAGAUCUAAGGUUUCCUGCAAAAACUGCAUCUGCAGCUUUGAAGCAGGCCGUUCUGGGCUGGUUAUGGGGGUGUGUCAGUCUGCAGGCCCGGCCCCUGGAAGCUAGCUCUGUGCAUCUGGCCUCUGGCUUCCCAAAGGAGCUGUGCAAACUGCUCAUAUGCAGGUCAGAGUUUCUGACACUUGGUUUCAAAUGCUUCCGGAACCUUCUUGCCUAGACCCUCUUCUCCUCUGCCAGUAACCUGAUUAACUACAUUCUCCAGCAUCUAGGAUUUACCUCCUCCUUUCUAAGAUCUCUUGUACGUUGUUAAAUGUUUGGCUUACAUGGUUCAUAAAAAUCUUUCUAUAGGGUGAUUUAGCCACAGCUGGCCCUGUCCUCCCAGCAGAGCCUUGGGGGUGGGUCCCUGCUGUUGGCUGUGGGGGCAUACUCUAUGGAGCUGCUGGACACUUAGCAUUGUUUGAUUUAGAACCUUGACAUACUAGGUAGGCUUGUGGGUUUGUUUGUUUUUUUUAAUUUAAUGAUAUUAAGACUUAAUUCACUAAAAUUUAUUCUAAGGGGAUAUUUAUACUUUUAUACUUUUUUAGGUAUCUGUAUUUUAUCAGCUUACCGUUUAAUGCCUAAGUUUCCCCUGAAAAUAGCAAAUAAAAUUGUGUAUUUAUGAACGA